AUGGAGGAGAAGGUAUGGAAGGUGGCCUAUGAGGGAAUUCACUUGGUUUGUUUCUCGUGUGGGCAUUAUGGCCAUCGACAGGAAUCAUGUCCGACAGUUCCCAUAGAUGCUGCGCAGGUGGCUGCUACGGAUCAAGAGAUUGCGCAGGGACUAGAUAUUGACAAAAUCCACCCUGCAGUCCCUGUUGUUGGUGAGUCCUUUGGUAGUGGCGUCCCAGAGGGCAAGGCCCUAUGGCUCGUGGAUGAUAGAUCUAGAUAUGCGCCUUUGGAUGAUGAGGAUACAUCUGAUGGCCAUCCAGUGACGAAUAACGCAGAGGCACUGGCGCCAAGUAAAGAGAAUCAUUCUGCUAGGGGAAAUUCAGGGGUUACUAAUCAGAAACAGAACUCUCGGCGUGCUAAUGUGAUAGUCAAUGAGAAACAAAUCGUUAUCAGCACUACUAGAGUUCUCACUGGCGAGCAUAAUGCGGAAGCUCUGGGUGUGGAAUCUAAUUCACCUUCUGGACACCACGGAGAUCCUCCAGAUGCUUUCGACGAAGAGGGUGAUGUGGUUAUGGAUGUUGAACAUCAACAAGAGCAUGGACUGAUGGAGGGUGGUGCCAGGGCGGGUGGUCGUGCAUUCCACCGUGUCCUUAAAAACCUUAUCCGAGCUCAUAAGCCGGCCAUUCUAGGCCUUGUUGAACCAAAGGUUUCGGGUCUCAAGCAGAUUCCAUCUGCAAAAAGUUGGGUGAGGGAUAGUAUUCAAUCUCCCUGGUUUUUUGCAGUGGUUUAUGGUAACCCGACCCACCAUCUUUGUCGAAGGUUGUGGUCGGAGCUCACUAUGAGUACUCAACGUUUUAGUGGUCCUUAUCUUGUGGCUGGGGACUUCAAUUCGAUUGUUUCCCACGAUGAAACAAACAAUUACUCUGCUUGCUCGUCCCAACGUAGUUCAGAAUUCGUCGAAUGGAUCCGCUCGGAGGGGCUUAUUGACAUGGGCUAUAUUGGUCCUAAAUUCACAUGGUCACGGGGUGAUUCCGCCGGAAAUGCUAAAAGCGCUAGACUAGAUAGGGCUUUAUGCAGCUUGGUUCACAAACAAGACUCUCAUGAUGUCGUGUAUAGCACGUGGAAUAUAACUCGCGAUUUUAGCGAUAAUAUUGCCCGAAUGCAAACUGCGUUAAUUUCUUGGAAUAAGAAUGUUUUUGGCAACAUUCAUCAUCGCAAGCGUCACAUUUUGGCUCUUCUGGGCGGAGUUCAGCGCCGUCUUUCCAUUUCUUAUCAUGGUGGUCUAGCCAAACAUGAGAGAAAGUUAAUGGGCGAAUACCAUGAUAUUCUCCAUCAAGAAGAGCUUUUGUGGUUCCAAAGAUCCCGGGAGGACUGGAUCGCCUCGGGGGAUAGGAAUACAGCAUACUAUCAUGCUGCCACGACCAUUCGAAAAAAUUUGUGUUUUGAGGGAGAAUUCCCUCUACUCACCCAGGAUGAUUGGCAUGGAUUCAACAUGGCUCCCACCAAGGAGGAGGUUCAUGCUGCUCUUUCUGACAUGACCCCGUUUAAAGCUCUAGGACCAAACGGAUUUCAUGCAGCUUUUUAUCAACGCAUGUGGGGUGUCAUGGGAGAUAGCCUCUUUACUCUCGUGAAGAAUGCGUUUGAGUCUGGUACCUUACCCGAAGGCCUAAAUGAUACCCUUGUGGCCCUCAUUCCGAAGGUCAACAACCCCGAGACUGUCAAACAGUUUAGGCCUAUUAGCCUUUGCAACGUGAGUUACAAGUUGAUAAGAAAAACUAUCACUAAUCGUUUGAAGGGAUUGCUUCCUAAAAUUGUGGGGCCGUUUCAAAGCUCUUUCGUUCUUGGUAGGCAAAUUUCAGACAACAUGCUCAUUUACCAAGAGGCUAUGCAUACUAUGCGUACAAAGAAGGGUCGGUGUGGGUAUAUGGCUAUCAAACUUGAUCUCGAAAAAGUAUAUGACCGUCUUUCUUGGAAUUUUAUUGAAAUAACACUUAAGGAUAUCGGUUUCAGCCCAUCUUGGGUCACGCUGCUGAUGAACUGCAUUCGGUCACCUAGAAUGUCAAUCAUCUGGAACGGAGAUCGCUUGCAACAAUUCUGCCCUCAAAGAGGGGUUCGCCAAGGUGAUGCGAUGUCUCCGACCAUCUUUGUGUUGUGCCUUGAAAAGCUUAGUCAAAUGAUAUCGCUCAAGGUUGAGUCAGGGGAUUGGAAAGGCAUUCGGUUAUCGCUGGAAAGCCUGAUCCUCUCGCAUCUUUGCUUUGUGGAUGACAUGGUCUUAUUUUCAGAAGCUUUCAUUGAUCAGGUUGAGACGAUUCGGGAUAGUUUACACCGGUUUUGUGAGGCUUCCGGCCAAAAGAUAAGCUUAGCCAAGUCUCAGAUUUUCUUUUCAAAGAAUGUUAAUCCAGAUCUCGCUAACGACAUUGCCAGUAGUUUGCAAGUCGCAAGGACUGAUGAUCUAGGUAACUACCUGGGGGUGCCAUCUUUUCAUGGUCGCGUGACUUUCCAAACGUUCACUAAAUUGAUUGAACAAAUCAAUGGGCGGUUGGAAGGGUGGAAGACAAAGAUGUUAUCCAUGGCGGGAAGGGUCACCCUUGCUAAAUCCGUGCUUAAUACCAUCCCAACUUAUACUAUGCAGACCUCUGUGUUGCCUAUAAGUGUUUGCCUUGAUAUUGAGAAACGCAUCAGACGAUUCAUUUGGGGAAGUGAAGGUCCAGAGAAUAGAAAUAAACUCAAUCUCGUAAAAUGGGAUGUCAUCACUAGUCCGAAGGUCUCUAGGGGUCUUGGAAUAUUCAAACUCCAAGAUCUUAAUAAUGCCUACAUGGCAAAACUCGGUUGGCGUCUUCAUAAUGAGCGUGACAGCCUUUGGGCGAGGAUUAUGGCCACUAAGUAUGCUAAUCCAGGGAGGAGGCAAGCUCCUUCGAGGGGUCAUGCAAAUGUUUCUAAUGCAUGGAAGGGCAUGUUGGCGGCUCGCCACAUCGUCAAGAAAGGGAAAAUAUGUCUAGUGCGGAAUGGUAAGACCACCAAGUUCUGGAUGGAUAAAUGGAUAGAUUCCCAUCCAUUACGCGUGUAUCUUUGCUCCCAGUUGAGUCUCCCAGAGCUUUAUGCUACUGCUGAUGAAUAUUGGGAUGAUGGGCACGACUGGAAAUGGGAUAAAUUAUUGGAUGCGGAAGCGUGGGGUGUGCUCCAAGGCUUGCGAAUAGCUCAUUAG